AUGCGGUCUAUUCUUUCUACAAACGCCUUUCUGGCGCUUCUCUCCCUCGCCGGUUCGGCCGCUGCCGUCCUGCCGACCAUGUCAGAAUGCGUCCACGGAAAAGGUGCAGCCCUCGCGGCGCUUGCGUCCUGCGGCCACCAGGGCUCUCUCGCCUACUGCUUCACCAGCCUCCCCGCCUUCUUCGAGGCCUCGGACCUUGAGUCCUGCCUCGUGAACGCGGGCUGCACGCCCGCCGAAGCAGCCAUCGAGGCCCUCUGGACCCUCAAACGCUGCGAACGCGCCGUCGGCCACAGCAAGAGCGGCGCAGCCGACAGCAACGAGGUGGCCGACCUGCGACGCCGCUCUCCACAGGCCGCCGCCGCCACGCCCGCUACAACCCCGUCGCCAACGCUCCCCGCCGCCGCCGACGGCUUCGCCUUUGACGGCACCUCGAUGCGCCCCUGCUCGACGACGACGACGAAGAGCACGACCAUCUGCCCGGUCCAGACGACGGGCACGGCGGCGGGCGCGCGGCUCUCGUGCUUCCCGACAGAGGUGCUCAAGGCCAAGUGCGCCGACGACAUGUGGUGCGCCAAGAAGCCGGGCCACUGCAAGGUGCUCAACAACAAGCUCGACACGUCGGGCAUCGUCGUCGCCAUCAUCUUCUCGGGGGCCAUUGUCGUCGCGGCCCUCGGCAUGUGCGUGCUCUGCUGGCGCGACAGCAAGCGGCAGAAGGGCAUCCGGGCGCGGGCCGAGGCCGCGGCGCUGGCGGCCAGGGAGCGGGAGAAGAAGCGCGCGGCGGCCGACGAGGCCAUGGGCGCGGCGCGGAACGGCGGUGACGGCGGUGUCAAGGCGCCGCUGAUCCAGUCGUAUGAGGAGGAUCCGUUCAGGGAACACCAACGCUACUGA